AUGACUAGUAUUGAAAGACCCAAAGAUCUUAGAUUGCAUGUUGGAGGAUUGUCAAAUUCUCUAGUGGAGGAUAUUGAUGAUUUGGAGAAGAGAUUUUCCAAAUUUGGCAAAAUAGUGAAGCAGUUUGAAGUGCACGAGAAAGUGAUAACGGGAUAUCAUUAUGCGUACAUUACUAUGAGACUAACAAAAUAUGAGUUUAAGAAACUUCAGGCUUUAUUUAAUGGUGUUCAGUAUAAAGGAGCAGAGUUAACAGUGGCAUUGGCGAAUCAAGAUUUUCAUGAGAGAUGGAUUAAAGAUGCAAAGAGACCGGAUAUCAAGCAAAGAAAGAGUAAAUUAUAUGCUAUUUUAGCUAUGAGACGACAACAGCGUAUUAAUCAUUCAGAGGACAAUCCAUUCGAAACAUAUUCCGAAAUUAUUGGACAAAUGAGAAAGACACCAAGGAAGACAGACCUAAAGAAGGCCACCAUGCGAGUGAUAAUUAAUGGGAAAUUGCGUUUACCUCGUUGCCAGAAGAACAAGUUAUGGGGAUACGAUAAGACCAAAAACGAUAAGGAUUUAAGUUGGGAGUACGUUGGAGGAAAAUGGAGAGAUGGUACUGGUCAUGUAGUUGAACAUCACGUUCUUGAUGAUAAGUUGAGUGAUCCGACUGUGGUGAAGAUGGAUGAAGAUACGGAAGGAAAUGACGGAGAAGAUGCAGAAGAUGAAAAUGAAAAGGAACGUAAUAAGCAACUUUUAGAGUUGUUGAUGGGAAAUUACGACUUCCAGAAGCCUGCAGAUGUCGAAGUGGAGAAGGAUGAAGAGUUCGAAUCGGGUGGUUCUGAUUAUGAGCUUGAAGGAGCAAAGAUAUCUGAAGAUGAGGAAGAAAGCGGAGAAGAUAAUAGAGAUCAUAGUAUACAAUCCCAGAAGUCAUUGGUUGAAGACUAUCAAAAGCAGCAUCCAGAAUAUCUAAAGAAAGAACAGAUUGAUGAUGAUACAGACAGUAUGGAUGAAGAUUUUAUACCAGUAUCUGGACCAGAAAGGAAGAGCAAUUUAGCAGAUGGAAAGAAUGAGACGGAGAAAUUGAGAUCGUUACUUAAUCCAGUCACUGAACAUGGAUUCAAGUUCUCAUUAAUGGACGAUGAAGAAGAAGAAGAGGCAGAUCCAAAUGCUACUAAGAUUGAACCAGCAGCUGAGACGGUGGUUGAACCAGCAACUGAACCGGUAGUUGAACCAGUAAUCAAGUCGGUAAUGCAACCAGCAAUUAAAGCUAAGAGAGAUGUGGGUUUGUUUUUUUCGCAUUCCGAUUCGCCAUUCUUGCUUGCACAAACUCAGCUCAGUAAGUUGAAGACAAUCAAAGUAAGUGAAAGUGGAUAUGAGGAUUGGUUCUGGGAGAAUAGAGGAAGUCUUAACAGGGAAUUUAGAAGAAAGAGAAGAGAAGUGACCAAGAGGAAUAGGAGGAAAAACAAGUAUACUGCCGUUAUAUGA